UCAAACUAAUUUUUUUAUAUAAUUACUUUUGAUAGUUUAAUUCAAAUGUAAAAAAAGUUAUUUUUGAAGAGGAGGUCUAAUCUUCUGAACCCUCCCACCUGAUCGAUCCAAUCCUACAAUGAUUUAAGAUUGAAUAAUCAGAUCAGCAGAUAAAGAUAAUUAUUUAUUUUUUAUUUUUUUUUUUUAAAUUUUAAUGACAGGUUAACAUGAACCAAGCCUGUGUCACAAUAUCAUCCUAUUCUCCGUCAGAACGGACAUUCCCGACAACUAAAAUACAAGAUGUGAUGAAAGAAAACUACAGACUUAAUCCAAACCUUAAAUGGCAGUACUUUGGGAAAGAAGAUGGGAUAUAUUUAAACUAUCCAUCCUUUAAACUAAAUGAUUGUUCCAAUUACGAUCCAAGAUUCAGACCGUUUUAUGUUUCCACGGCAACCCCUGUUCAGAAGGAUGUAGUGGUUGUUAUUGAUAGAUCUGGAUCAAUGAGAGACUUGCAUAAUUCUAAGACAUUACUACAGAUAGCCAAAGAAGCUGCCAUAUCAGUCCUGGAAACACUUAAUCCAAAUGACAGGUUUGGGGUAGUCGCUUUCGGCACCACUGCUUACAUACCAGGGGCUAGUACAAUUCGCAGGGAGUGUCAUGGAACAGAAUUAGCAAAAGCCACACCCCUUAAUAUUAAAUUCAUGAAGAGUCAAGUGAGUGUCAUCAGUAGUGGUGGAUCUACUAAUUAUGAAGCAGCAAUGCAAGCAGCCUUCCAAUUUUUUGUGAACACGCCAGACACAUCUGAUGAUAGAGGAAAAGUUAUUCUGUUUUUAACUGAUGGCGAAAAAACUGCCGGUGGAGAACCACUUGAAGUUAUAAAGGAAGAAAAUAAAAAGAUGGGCAACCGUGUUGUGAUAUUGACAUACGGUCUUGGACAGCAAUUAAGUGUAAAUGCCUUACAGAAGUUGAAAGAUAUGGCCUUACAAACAAGGACUGAUGUUAGUUAUGGUGAAAUACAGAUCGGUGAAUUCAAGCACAUUUCUGAUCCUGACUUCCUCAGAUCUUCGAUGGCAUCAUAUUACAAUCGUUUCAGUAGCAGUGAAAAAAUUCAGAACCCAAUUUUUUCUGUACCAUACCAGGAUUUGUUUGGGAUAGGUUUAAUUUCCUCUAUAUGCCUGCCUGUCUAUAGACCUGGUGGAAAUUUGGUGGGCGUUGCAUGUUCUGAUGCAACUGUCAGUGAUAUCAUGUCUGACAUUUCAUACUUCAGACAAGGAGAGUUAUCAUAUGCAUUCAUUAUUGAUGGAACAGGAAGAACUCUCAUUCAUCCAUUGUUACCAUUGCCCGAUAGUGUGAAGGAUGACCCAAUAUAUGUAAACAUUGAACAUUUAGAACGCUCUACAUCAGCUACCAUGGUUAUAGAAUCAAUGAAAAUUGGAAAAACAGGAAAUGAAACACUUUAUUCCAAGAGGACAGUUCCACGGGGUAACAUGCUGUAUGAGGGCAUUGAAACUGAAAACAUCCUAUCACAUUAUUUUUGGAAACCAGUCAGUCGGAGUAAUUUUUCCGUGUGUAUUGUUGUUGGUGAUAAAGAUAAACAGCCUAUACUAGAUCCUCAGACUGUUACACAAGACAGUUUUGUUUAUCAUCGAUUGGACUAUACAACAGCAGAAGGGCCAAACUGUCAACACUUCACACGAUUGGGUACAAAAGAUAAGUCUGUUGUUAUGUUGACUCCUGGUGCAUUCCUAGAGCCAUUUAAUUACCUAGAUGUAGAUGAAACUAAAGCAAUGAUUACCAAGUAUGAAGAUUUUUUAACAGGGAAAAAUGUUCUGAAUAAUCCAGGAUUAAAGGAAUCCAUAUUAAAUUCUGUUUCCUCGACUUUUCCCGCUGAAAAUAUCUGGAAAAAUAGUCGAGAGUUAUCUGAAUUUGUUGUAUGGAGAUAUAUCGGUACAGCAGAUGGGGUGAUGAGGCUAUAUCCAGGUGUUGAACUACCUAAAAACUAUGACCACACAAGAAGGGGAUGGUAUAAGAGAACUAUAGCCCUGAAAGGACAGGAUGUGGUGUCUGCUCCUUACCUGGAUCUUUGGGGCUCUGGGUACCUGAUUACACUUAGUAAAACUAUUACAGAAGGGAGUGGAAGUGGACCAGUAUCUAGUCAGACUGUAGCAGUGAUUGGAACAGAUUUUACAAUCAGCUAUUUUUAUCAGAUGAUGCAGAACACUUACCCAGAUUGUCAAAAUACCCAACAAUACAGUUGUUUUGUAUUAGACAGCAGUGGUUACAUAGUUAUACAUGAAGAUUUUGUUAAUCCUGAUUCUACCUCGCCCAAAAUAGAAAAUGUUCAUGUUAUUUACAAGGAAAGUGCAAUUGCUGAAGACCUAAUAAAAAAUAAUAUGAUGAACAAAGCAUCAUGCAUUGAUUUUGAAACUAUCAAGGAGCAGUUUACAUACAGGGUAGCAACAAAUGGUGUUGAUAGAAUGAAUUCCAAUGCUAGAUACAAGAUAGAUCCAGUUCCUAACAGCAAUAUAUUUAUUGUCAUAAGACAGAAAGUCUACACAACUUCUACAAGGUGUUGCAGUAUUUACGGAAUAUCACCUGAUUCCCAUAAAUGCAGCUCCAAAUCAUGUGAUUGUUUAUGUUACAAAGAUGCAGAUUUUGAUUAUUGCAAAAACACAUACACUUUGUUAGGUGAUGCUGCACAAACAUGUAGUCCUAGAGACCCAGAACUUCAGACAGAAAAUCUGAAUGAUGAAGAAAAGAUUAAAAAUCUUCAAUUUUGCUUUGAUCCUAAAUGCUCCACAAGAACACAGAAAUCGGAUUGUUUUGGAGUGGCUGGAUGUAGUUGGUGUGUUAGGGAUUCCAAUGACCAGGAACUACAACAGCCAUAUUGUGCCUUACAGAGUGUCUGCUACUUUGGACAAGUUGGAUCUAAAGACCCAUAUAAAAACUGUGUUGGAGAUAACUGUAAAACUGAUGAUGAAGGAGGCAUAAGUGGUGGAUCUAUAGCUGGCAUUGUCAUUGGUGUAUUGGUGGUUGUCAUCAUUGCCUUUUUUGUCAUUAGACAUAUCAGAGCCAAAUCCAGUAACUCCUCAUCCAAUGGAAGGCCAUCUUUCUCAACAGAACCAACAGCUACACAACGGACAAAUGCUCAUGACAAUCCAGCAUUUAGAUCACAAAAUCAAAGUGUAUCAGAAAGACCCUCAUUUCAGCAGCAAUCAUCAAUACAUAAUCAGGGAAAUCUUAUGUAUUAUCCUCAAAAUCAAAGUGCUGAGUACACUGUUCCAACAGCUCCUACAGAACAACCUCCGUCAUAUCAUUCAGUGGUUUCUAACGGAGGUCAGCCACAGCAUGGAUAUCCCAAUAAUUCAGAUUUGGGAAUGGAAAAUAAAUCAUAUAUGUAAUAAAUGAUAUAAUUUGCAUUUUGAACAUGAAUUAUGUAUCAAGUAACUAUUCUUAUUUUUUAAUGGACAUGCAAAUAUUAGAAUACUGUUUAAUUAUUGUCUUUUGAUGUUGGGUUGUGGAUCAUCCUUGGGUUGUUAUUUAAUUAAUUAAUGAAACAUCUCUAUUAAUCCUGAAAAGCAGUUUACACAGAUUCCACUGUACACCUGCAGCUCUUCAGGGGUGCCAGGAUUAAAGGAGGAAUCUAUAUUCAUACAUACAAUAACAUGGUGUUCUAUAUUCACAUUGAAAUUAGUUGAAAUUUUGAUAGUACUCUGAAGACAUGUACACACAGUGACAGAUUUUAUUUUAUUUCAAGUCAAGUAAUAUAUAUAUGUAUAUAUAUAUUGUUGUGAUGUAUAAAAUAUAAUAUAUGAUAAAAUUAUGUGAUAAUCGCAUAUUCUUAAAUAGUUUUUAUCAGCUGAUACUAUCAUUUUUGUUUUUUAAAUUAUGACUUAAAAGAAAAAAAUUUGAAUGUCAUUUUUGUAUAGACAUCAUUUUUAUAUAUGCAGUACAUUUAUUCUUGGGCCUUCAUAUAGACUUCAUCAUGACAUAUACAACCUUGUGACAUAACAUAGCUUAAAAAGACCUUAUCACUAUUCAGAAAUCUGCAACACUAGAACUAUUUACGUCUUAUUGCUAUGACUUUUCCUUUGUGACAUCAAACCAGAGCCUUUGUCCAGUAAUAGCGAACAAAUAGACAUGAGAUUUAUUAUGUUAUUAUUUUAAUUGAUAUGGGGUUUUCCAUUUCAAAUUCAUGAUAAAUGACUAGGUUGUUAGUGAGAAAUCAUUCACAUGACCUGCCUCAAGGAACCAAAGAAAACCCAAAAAAUCAAAAUAUGAAAGGGAGGAUUAAACCCCAGCCAAAUGGCUGUACUAAAAUUUGUAUGUUGAGACCACCACCCCUUGGGAAUGAAUGUUAUAACAAAGAUAAAUGUUGUGUUUGGUUUCAAAUGUUAGAGUUGAAGUAAUGGAAUAUUUAGAAAUAAGUAUGCAUUUAUUGGUGAAAUCUAUAGUAUGUAUAUGCCUCAACCAUAAUUGUACUUUAAAAGUACAUUUUAGUAUAGAUUUGUGUAUAUUUUGGUCUUUCUUUGUAAUGUUUAACAAACUGAUCUACUGUUGUAGAUAUGUUGUAUUGACCGAUAAUUUGCCAGGUUUUAAAUUCGCCGUUUCAGAAUCUUAUGCAUUCUGGGUAAUAUUUUCAAAAGUGUACCCCAAAGUGUUGUGAUUGGCCACAAAUGUCCUAAACAAUUUGAAUCCAACCAAUGACAUGACAUUAUUUUCAUUUUGGGGUACGACCAAUAAAAUUACCCAUAGUUCUUUAGAUUCUGAGAUGGCCAAUUGUUUUGUGAUAAGUGUAAUUUUUAAUUCUUUUACAAUAUAACUGUGAUAUUAAUGUCGUUUUUGUGAAGAAUAUUAUAUUGCUUACAAUGUUGAUGAUGUGUAAUAUGAUAUUUGUUUGUAUAGUCAUGUCAAAUUUACGCAGAAAUACUUAUACAAAUAUUUCUCAUAUGUGGAUAAAAAUAAUGAUGUUAAAUUUAUCCUAAUUUAAAUUAAAUCAGGACCAUUAUUUCAUUGCUUAAUAUGCAGUGCAUGUCAUAGGAAAUAUUUUGUAUUGAACACAUAUCGUUUUUAUAAGUUUAUAUAGCAUAUGGAAUAUAACCUUUAUAUAUAAUUCCUAAACUUAUCAAUAAAGUUCAGUAUUUAAAUGAAAUUCUUAAAACACUUGAAAAUAUAGUAUAUAAAACUUCUUUUACCCUUUUUACAGAGAGUUUAGUUUCUUUGUUUCCAAUCUUCAGAAAAGUAUGAAUUUACACGAUAAAUGUAUGGAAUAAUGUAAAAAAUAGUUGAGUCUUCUGUCUGAGGGCUUGGAUUUUUCAAUGCCUAUGUAUGUUACUAAGAUUUAUGGGUUUCCUUGUGUUUUAUUUUAUCUAUUUAAUGCAAAAAAAUCAAAUAUUAUCAAGUGUUGUGAAUUUUUGUAUAUUAAUACCUAUGAGAUUUUCUAAUUUGAAUAGUUUUUUUUUGCUAUGAUUAUUUAUACAAUUUGCAUAUUGUUAAAAAAGACAUUUUUUUGUUCAAAUGGUAUACAGAAGGGUGUUGUAAGGCCCUUAUUGGGGAUAUACAUGAAGACAGGAUGUUGUAAAAGUUUUAUAUGGUGAUAUAUAUGUAUGACAGUGUAAAGAAAUUCUAUUUUAUGACAAGUUAUCUCAGUAUUUAAUAAUUUUUAAGCAAAGGCAAUGACUUAAUUCCAAUUUUUAAACUUUAUUUAAUUACAUAGAAAAAAUAGUGUUUUGUGUAAUAUGAAUGUGUGCAAAUGUCUUCACCAGAAAAGACACUAGUAUUUAGUUGUAAAAUGCAAAAUGAUUACAUCCAAAUUAAAGGAGCAUCCUUUUAACUUGAAACGGGUAGACUUUAACCUUGAAACUUCCUGUUUUUAUUUUGUUUUUCAGACUUGAAAGUUGUGUGUUGGAUUUCUGAUCCAUUUCACAGUUUAAAGUCAUUAAAAUCACUAAAACUUUAAACUGCUACAUUUCAUUAAUAUUUCUUGAAUGUUUUAAGAAAAACGAUAAAGACUUGCAUGAAGUAAAUGGGAUGAACUGUCAACACAACUUUGUUGAUGUUGUGAAUCUGGUAUGAAUUCAACAGUUUACUAAAAAGGACCCCAACUUUCAAGUCAUCCCAAAAUGACCCAAAUGGCGUGAAACAUUUCCAGAUCCUUGUUGCUGUCUCAUUGACGUAUACAUCAAUCUUUACUUUUUUUGGGGAAUUCAUUAAAAACAAAACCGCUUGUUUUACAUAUGACAUAUGCUAUGUCUUGUAUGUUUUCUGUAAAUUAAAGAACAUCUAUUUAUGAAAACACAUUUUAUUAUAAAAUAAUCAUUGCUACCUCAUUUGAAGCCAAAUCAGGUUUUUGGAAUGUUUAUAAAAUAACAUUUCCUUAUUAUAAUUGGAAUAAUUUAAACAAGAGUGCACAAACUGAAAUGUAUUGCCUGCUUCAUGAUUAAUUUUAUGUUCUAGAGACAAACAUGUUCUACAAGUAUCACAUAUAUAAACUUGAGCUCAUUUUCAUAGAUGAUCUAUGAAAAUGAGGUCAAGGUCAGAUAAACCAAGCAAAACAGAAUUGUACACCUUACAAUGAUUCCUAACAUAAAAUAUAGUUAACCUUAUUGCUGUAUCUGAUAAAUUGACUAAACCAGCUGGAAAGCUUAACAUUGACCAAUGGACCAUUAAACAGAGGUCAAGGUAAGAUAAACCAAGCCAUACAGACAUGUUCACCAUACAAUCAGUGCAUACACCAACUUUAGUUAACCUAUUGCAUAUAUUAAACAAGAACCAGACCAAACAAUAAAAAUUUAUUAUUGCCAAAUGAACCGUGAAAAUCUGUAUACAAAGUAUGAAGCCUCUAGGUCUACUACUAUCUAAAACAAAGUUUAAUACAAAUUGUGUACGCAGAAAGCUAGACAAAAUUUUUAAAAGCCUUUGUUAUAUUUAUUUAAAAUAUCUUUUUUAAACUAUUUUCAAUGUUUGUGCAAAUAUUAUGAACACCUUCUUGGACUUUAAAAUGGGUUCUGCAGAUAUAGAAUAUGAAUUAUAAAAGCAUUUUAUAUUAUUAUUUUGAUUUAUCAGGAACUAAAACUAUUUUUAAUUUGUUAUAUUAAAAAAAAUAUGAAAUAAAAAAAGGAAUUUAUUACUUUU